AUGGCGACGAAGAGGGAAUUUCAGGAAGCCGACGACGGCGAUACACCAAAGCGAGAGAACAAGCGCCCAAAGAAACAAGGCGGCAAGGCGCGACAGCAUCAGCACUCCAACAUCGAUCCGACAUGGGGUCAGAAAUAUGUCUUUUCAGGCGGCGGCAACGCGACGACGGUUCCCGCGGGUGAAGAAUCUGAUUUUGAGGACGACUCCGAAGCCAUGGCCUAUCUCAACUCUGUAAGACAAGAAGCCAACGGGAUCCCCCAUCUGCUGGUUGCCCCCAAAGUCCAGAUAGGACCGCAGCUACCCGCCGACUUCGAGAGAGACGAUGAUGCAGACCAAGACGACGAGGGGCCUACCGAUCGAAGUAUUUACGAGACUGGCAUCGGGGACUCUAGAGGUUAUUAUGAGGACGGCGCGUACGUCGGACUACCAGAAUGGGCCGAGGAGGAUGACUACGAAGAGGGCGAAGCUCCAGAAUACGAAGACGACGACUUCGAUGAAGAGAGAGCCAUACACGAAGCCUACUUUGCGUCCCUCAUGGACCAAUACCUCCACCUCCGAUCGGUCCUCCAUACCAAACCUCCUUCCAACGCCCUCUCUCGACUCUCCCCAUCGCAAGCUACCACCGCCGCGCCUUUCGGCCAUCAAUCGUCACCUAUAGCCGUAUGGUCCCGUCUGCUUCGCACCACCGAUCCGCAUCCCCUCCAACUCGCUCUCAUGUCCAAAGACACCAUCCUCCGCAUCCUUCGCGUCCUACUUGGUGGUAAGUUUCUGCGCCGCGGUUAUACCCUGCCUGAACGCACUAGUCGUUGGCUGUGGGCGCUUCUUGCGCGACUACCGGACAAGGGAGAGCUUAACUACGCAGAGAUUGGCUGGGUGCGUGAUUUGGGUCGACGGGCGGUGUUGCUGGGGAGAAGUUUGGCCGAGAUGGCGGCGCUGAGAGAGGAGCUGGCCGAGGGUGGAUUGGGGGCCCAUGAGGCUGUUGAUAGGAGCAGCAGCGACGAGGACGUCAUGGUUGAUGCAGAGGAGUUGGAGGUGGAAGGCGCCGUCAGUCCUGGCCAGGACGAAGAUGACACAGCACCCCCUGAAGUUGAACAGGACGAAGGACAGCCGUCCAAGGCGGAUACACCAGCACCUCAGCCUACGAGCCCUGCGCCUAAACCCGACGCAGAGGAAGGUGAGAUAGACGACGAAGAGGAUGUGGCUAUGGACCUCGCAUCCGAAUCGGAAGCUGAGGAUGGCGAAGUCGCCCCUCAACCCAAGGAAGACCUCGAGGAAGCCAAGGCUCGACUGCUCGCUCAGCUGGACAACGGCACAGCUUCAGACGAUCCCGACGCCGAGGCUGAAGCGGAGAAGGAGGCAGCAAAGCAACGCUCGCGGGCCAACCUGCGCGCCACGCUCAACAUGAUCCUGACGGUCGCCGGUGAGUUUUACGGGCAGAGGGACUUGCUCGAGUUUCGAGAGCCGUUUGUGGGCAUGUAA